AUGCGGCUUUCCUCCCAGAGCCCUCAGCUCCUCCGCCACGUCUACUUCCACCUCUUCUACAGGGACCGGCCCGCGGGCAGCCGCGACACGGUGCGGCUCAACGGCGACAUCGUCUCGGCGCCCGCCUUCGGCCGCCUGCUGGACUUCAUGUACGAGGGCCGCCUGGACCUGCGCGGCCUGCCCGUCGAGGACGUCCUGGCGGCCGCCAGCUACCUGCACAUGUACGACAUCGUCAGGGUCUGCAAGGGCAGGCUCCGGGAGAAGGGCGGAAGGCGGCUCUGCCUCUGCCCGCUGUGCAGCAAGCUGUUUCCCGGCGCCCGCGUGCUGCAGCUGCACCUCAGCGCCCACUUCCGCGAGCGGGACGGGGUCCCGGCCCGGCUGUCCCCUGACGGGGCUGUGCCCACGUGCCCGCUCUGCGGGAAGACCUUCUCGUGCGCCUACACGCUGAAGCGGCACGAGCGGACGCACUCGGGCGAGAAGCCCUACACGUGCGGGCAGUGCGGCAAGGGCUUCCAGUACUCGCACAACCUGAGCCGCCACGCCGUGGUGCACACGCGGGAGAAGCCGCACGCCUGCCGCUGGUGCGAGCGCCGCUUCACGCAGUCCGGGGACCUGUACCGCCACGUCCGCAAGUUUCACUGUGGCCUCAUCAGGUCCCUGCUGGUGUGAUGC